AGCAGGGAAGCGACUAGAAUGUCUGCAUCGGUUGAUAUCCACGCGCAGCUGGCGUCCAUCAUCGAGCGCUUCGCCAAAUGCGCGCUGCUGGAGAUGAGUCGCGCGGUGGAGCAGGAGAUGACGCGCCGGCAGAUGGAGGUCGAGACGCUGCUGGUCAAACUGCAGAUUACCGAGAGCGAGCUGCGAUCAGCCCGACAGAACCAGCCGAACCUGCGCUCAGUGGGAAUACAGGUCAAUAACAGCGGACAGAGAGCAGAGGUAUGCAGGCUCAUGCAGGAAGACGGAAUCAAAUCCAUUCAGAUCAAAGAGGAACACAUGGAGGACGGACAGUUGGGACAGCGGACCGAUUUCUCCUGCUCUUUGCUCGUUGGGUCCAGAUGUGGAAGACCAGGAUAGCUUCAGCACGGGAACAACAGGAGCAGCUAGAGAGGGUAGUGAUUUUAUCCUAACGAGUAAAAUGAAUCCCGGUGGAAUGUGGAAUUCGCCUGGUUCCGAGGAAUAUCCAGUGAACUCCGGAGCCCAGAGUUUGGACGCUUCUCCUCUGGAAACAGGUGAGCGAUUCGCCACAGAAAACACGUACCACAUUGUCAGCUUUGUGGACACUGAGGAAGUGGAGGUUGUUCCUGCGGUCUGGGUGAAGAACGGUGUGUGUUUCUGGCCUCCGUACAAGGAUGAAGGAGUUCAGAGGGCGACCAAGCGUGCGGAGCAACCGGAGAAGUCUUGGUCUGCGUAUAAGGUUAAAAUCAUGUAUACUGCAAAUAACUACAGCGAAGCUCUGCGGAAGCUGCCUCUCGCGGAGCAGCAGACUGAUCUCCAGCCGGAGGACGAGACUUACUCCAUCAGGCCACUGAAACGGAAAAUAAAACGAAACAGACAGCUUCUGGAGGAAUACGACACUGACGAGGAGGCCACCGCACCCCAAAAAGCGAAUUUACCACAAGCCCCACAAAUACAACCACCAUGCAAAAGAACCAUUUUGUCCGCUUCCAAUGAGCUUCAACCAAGUCCUCCAGGCCAAAGACAAAACCCGAGUGUGUCGCAGUGCGCAGAAACGUCCACACCGUCCUUGUUGGAGUGGCAUCAAAUAACGGUUGGGUCUUCUUCACACCAGUCACCUUCUUCACACCACAGUCAGCUGUGGCCAGAGAGAAGUUCAGCCAGAACAUCACAGGACCGUGUAAGUGAGUUUCGACAGGACGUGACUUCACCUUCUCCCGACCAGGCAACACUGUCUCUGUGGCAUCAGGAAAACGGCCUGUCAUGCUGUGAUCCAUUCGUAAGAUCGCUUCUUCACGACCUGACCACAAAGCAGGAGAUUGUUAUGGAGCAACAGAUGAGCUUAAUAAAGAUGGUUCAAGAUCUCCAGUCAAACAACAUCAGGGAGGUCACAGAUGCUGACCGUUUAAAUCAAAGACGUUUUCCGAUUGGAGACCUAAGCUCGUUAACUGCCCUGGAGAAUGAUCUGCGAUCCUGUCCGGAAACCAGAAGAAAAGUGGUACAUGAGCUGGGAAUGUUGGGCGGAGUGGAUGUGAAGGACACCGUCUGGAGAAUAAUGAAGCAGGCGAUCAAAAAUGACUUGGCCAAAACUGUGAACUGGAGAGGUGUGAAUGGGAAAACGUCUUUCCAAAGUUUAGAGCUUAAAAGCGUCGUGAUUGAGGCUGUGAGAAGAAAUCCCACAUGUGCACAAAUAACGGAGCUGGAGGUGGAGAAAGCCAUCAUACGUUGGUUUCAUCUAGCUGGUGACCGCGAGGGCGGCAGAAAAAAGCGAGCGCCGCUGCAAGAUGUUAGUGUAGAGAACUGAUGUGAAGUGAAUCUCUACAAAGAGAGAAAAUACUCGCAGUAUAUUAACAUGUUUAUUUACAUUUGUGUUGCUUUAAUUUUGACUAUACAUCUUUGCACGUCUGUAAAUAUAUUUAAUUUGUCCCAAUUUUAUAUUUAACUAGCUUUUGUUUAUUGGUUUUUUUUUUUUUUGCCUGAUGCACUACAACAUAUUUAAUUUAUUGCUUAGUUUCUAUCGUCUUUUUAGGUGUUGUGUGCUUAUUUAUUUCUUAUUCUAUUGCUGGUAUUCUAUCUUUUCACAUUCUGUUUUCUCGUAUCAAAACUUUGCAUUUGCACAUAUAGAAGAUUUUAUUUUUCAUUUGUCACUUAUUUAAAACAUUUGUGCAACUUUAUGCAAUACAACUUUUAAAUCUACAUUUUAUUGUUUUAAAGCUGCUGUCCGCGAUUUUUGGCCCUCUAGCGGUUAAUAAACAGAACUGCACGCGUCUUGCGGAAGAACAUUGUAGCCGGAGCUACUUUUUUCUGUGUAUGUCUAUGG